AUGUACAAGACUCUAGAGCGGUACCGCAGCUGUAACUUCAACUCCGAGGCAACUUCAACUCCGGAGUCCGAAGAUUACCAGGAGUAUUUAAAGCUAAAGACAAGAGUUGACUUCCUACAGACAACUCAGAGAAAUCUUCUUGGCGAGGACUUGGGCCCACUUAACAUGAAGGAACUUGAGCAACUGGAGAACCACAUUGAGAUGUCUCUCAAACAUAUCAGGGCGACAAAGAGCCAGCAGUCAUUUGAUCAGCUCUUCGAGCUCAAGCGCAAGGAACAACAACUGCAAGAUGUUAAUAAAGACUUACGAAAGAAGGUACAAUGCAUUAAUAUGAGUGAUAAACCUCAUCUUUUCCAUCAUGGUCUUUGA